AUGAGCGAAGCAAAAACAACUGCCGAAGGAGCCGAGGCUCUCCGCCGGAAACUGAGUGCUUUGGAGGAGGAACGAAGCAAGUGGAAAGUUGCGGCCAUGGAGAGCCACUCUGCUGUCAGAAUCAAGCUUGCGGCAAAGCUGUCCGAUGUCGACGCCACAACACGUGUUGAAACAACCAUCAAGGCUUUGAUGGAGAAGAACCUACAGGCUGAGAGGGACAGGCACGAAGAGGUGUCGAACCGCGAGGUUUUCGACGAGGCCCUCAAGAGCCCCUGGGCAGGACCAACCACCAGAACCAUCCGGAACCUCGCCAAGUUCGCCGUCUCACACGACCAUGGAAGCCGAGAGUCGCUGAGUCAUUCGGUCGUCUACCGCAACAUUGUGCCGUAUAUCUCUGGGCGCGGUUGCACACGGGCGUUUGAGGCCUUUCCGGACUACUCGCAGCCGGGCAACGAGUACUAUCUCUUCGCAGUGCUCGAGAAGGAGGACGGCGAGGCGGUCGGCGCGAUCCGCUCGAGGAACUGA